UCCUGUUAGCAACCAAUCAGCGACACCUUUAUGGUUUCCAUGGGGCUGUAGACAACAACCGCUACAUCCCUGUCUACCCGCUAGCUAGCUAAGGAUUGAUAACAUUAAUAAGGCGACGUAACAAACAUUUUUGAAUGUUUUCUCGCCAUUUGUAAAUGGUUGUUUGUCAGCGUCCCCAUCAAGUCAAGUGAAUUGACCUCCAGAGGGAUUCUUUACGGGCUAGUCGACGAUAGAAAGCUAACUUAGUGCUAGCUGGUUUAUCCACCAAAGAGGAGGACGAAGAGCCAUUGCAGCGAGAGAGUUUUAAAAUUUCCAAGAUGAGUGAACAGCUGAAAUUCAUCGUUGAACAACUCAACAAAGAACCCUUCAAGAAAAACUUUAACCUCAUCACGUUUGACUCCCUCGAACCGAUGCAGCUGCUGCAGAUUUUAAAUGAUGUUCUGGCUGAAAUAGACCCAAAGCAAGCUUUAGACAUACGUGAAGAAAUGCCUGAACAGACUGUAAAGAGAAUGUGUGCCCUGCUGGGGAUGCUCAAAUACAGGCCUCCUGGUAACCUCUCUGAUGUGAGCACCUUCAGACAGGGUCUGGUGACUGGCAGCAAACCUGUGGUCCACCCUAUCCUCCACUGGCUGUUACAGAGGGUCACUGAACUGAAGAAGAGGGCUUACCUUGCUCGCUUUCUAGUCAAACUGGAGGUGCCUGCUGAGUUUCUGCAGGAUGAUAUCAUCAAUGACACCUAUCACCAGUAUGAGGAGCUGGUGGAAGGAUUUAAGACCUAUCACAAGGAAUGUGAACAGCUGAGGACUUCAGGCUUCUCCACAGCAGAAAUCAGAAGGGACAUUAGUGCAAUGGAGGAAGAGAAAGACCAACUAAUCAAACGUGUUGAGAGGCUGAAGAAGAGGGUGGAGUCGGUGUCCAACCAUCAACGGAUGCUGGAACAGGCCAGACAGCUGCGAGUGGAGAAGGAGAGAGAGGAGUCACUGACUCACCAGAAGCAAGAACAGAGGAACCAACUGUUCCAGGCAGAGCAGAGACUGCAGAGAUCACAGCAGCAGUUGAAGGAUUUGCGACAGGCAGCAGCAGAUGCCAAUCCAGAGAGUUUAAUGAAGAGGCUCGAAGAGGAGAUCAAGAUCAACUCCUACAUGGUCUCUGAGAAACUCCCCAAAGAGCUGGAGGGUAUGAGGCAUACAGUGCAGUACCUUCAGAAGGUGGCAUCAGAGCCUGCCAUGGGCCAGGCUGAUCUCCAGGAGCUUGAGGACAAGAUUAAAGAAGUUGACUAUCAGAUAAACCAGCUGAUUGAGAAGAGGAUGAUGAGAAAUGACCCCAUGGAUGACAAACUGACCCUGUACAGGCAACAGGCCUCGAUCAUCAUUCGAAGGAAGGAGUCAAAGGCAGAAGAGCUUCAGGAAGCGAGGGAGGAGCUGGCCGCAGCAGAGAGGGAGCUGAGACAGAGGACCAACCAGCCACAAGCUUCAGAUGGGGAGGAGGUCAUCCGGGGGGAUGAGCUGAAACGUUUGGUGGUGAAACUGCGGAGCAGAGGAACUGUGUUCAAGAAGAAACGCCAGGAAAUUACCGAGCUGAAGGCAGAAUAUGGAGUCCUGCAACGAACAGAGGAGAUUCUCAGGCAGAGACAUGAAACCAUUCAACAGAAACUGCAAACUGUGGAAGCUGAAAAGGGAAUUUCUGGCUACAGUGACACUCAGGAGGAACUGGAGAGGGUCUCUGCCAUUAAGAGCGAACUUGACGAAAAGAAGGGUCGCACACUGGAUGACAUGUCUGAAAUGGUGAAGAAAUUAAACUCUGUGAUAGUGGAGAAGAAGUCAGCUCUGGCUCCAAUUAUAAAAGAACUGAGGUCACUGAGACAGCGGUGUCAGGAGCUAAGCCAGGAAUAUGAAGAAAAGAAGGUGCAAUAUGAAAGUUGUGCUGCUGGUCUAGAGAGCAAUAGAUCUAAAUUGGAGCAGGAGGUGAAAGCACUGAGAGAGGAGACAGCACAGGAGGAAAAUCAAUAUCAUUAUAUUAACACCAUGUCAGAGAUCAUUGAGAUGCAAAUACAGCGGGCAGCUGAGGAGAUGAAGGCCUAUGUGUCCUCUGAUCCGCAAGAGAGGAAGAAGGCCAUCAGGGAAGUGUACAUGAAGAACAUUUCAGAGCAGGAGUUACUUGGCAAGAAGUUACGUGAGAAGCAGAAGAUGGUGAGAGAGAGCCACAGCGACAACAUGGAGCAGAUGAAGAUGUGGCAAGACCUGGAGCAGCUGAUGGAGUGCAAGAAGCAGUGCUUCAUACGAGCUCAGAGCCAGGCAUCUAUUGGUCAGGUCAUCCAGGAGGGAGGAGAGGAUAGGCUGGUGUUGUGAGAUGUUGAGGCAGGGUCAACGACAAAGUCAACUACAGUGCAUUCACUACACAGAUCAACUUAACGUUCUACACCCUCCUGUAACAUGUCUAAAACUUUACAAUAUUGUUUUGUUGAAUGGAAACUGAUUCUGGACACUAUGGUACAUUCAAAUGACCGGUACAAGUUUUGUUUUGUUGUGUUUAUGGGGUUCAUUUUUCCCUCUAUCUUGUCUGUUACACACUGCCAUUGAGUUUCACUUGAUAGUAUAUCUCAUGUAACCAGUAACUUCUGGUGAUGACACGGUUUAAGAUGUUUUGUAAAUCCACAACUUAAAAAACACAUGUAUCAAGAGGUGUUGCAGGACAGGGGGUUUCACUCUCUCUGGUCCACAGGAGACCCCUAUUUGACACAUCUUUAAGAAUACACUUUAAAUCAAAGUGUCCGACGAUAACAGCAUACAAAGUGGUGCACUUAGGAUGUGGCCGUGGUCAACUAUUUUUGGCAACAACAACCAUGACCUUGGACAGAGUGUCUUGCCAAUUUUGGAAUUCACUGGGACCACUGUUGCUUUGGACAGUGCUGAUGAAAUAGACAUAUUUUUCUGCUUGUUUUCGACAUUAGACCCUUCUUUCAAGACAACCUUAGUGCUAUAUAGUUAGAUAUUUGGUUGUCCAUGUAUAUCUAUUAAAUGUAUUUUAUAUUCA